AAACGGCACCUUCGUGAAUCGUUGCCUUCUGAUUUGUGGAAUUCGAAGGCGUGGCUUAAAAGGGAACGAACGGGUUGUCACGAGCAAGCCGCGCCUGCUCAUCGACCGAAACCCUAAUCCCAAUCCUUUUUGUUUUUUGACGCCAUGAAGCACAUCAGGCCUUUCAAACAAGAAUUUACCUUCGAGGAGCGGCUCCAGGAAUCCAAGGAAAUGGUCGCCAAGUAUCCCGAUCGAGUUCCGGUUAUUGUGGAGAAGUUUUCCGGGAGCAAUCUUCCGGAGUUGGAGAAGAAAAAAUAUUUGGUUCCUCGAGAUAUGUCAGUUGGGCAGUUCAUUCACGUGUUAAGUAGGAGGCUGCGUCUUGCGGCUGGGAAAGCACUUUUUGUGUUUGUUAAUAAUACUUUGCCUCAAACAGCUGCCAUCAUGGAUUCGAUGUAUGAAUCAUACAAAGAUGAAGAUGGGUUUCUUUACAUGUGCUACAGCAGUGAGAAAACAUUUGGAUAAAUUCAUCUCACAGGAUAAUUUGUUUAAAACAUAUUCAUCUGUUUAUAAACAUUAAAAGUUCUACGGCUUCACUGUAUUAUGCCUUAUUACACCCUUUAUAUUUCCAUGUUGAUUGUUUCAGCUCAUUAACUGUCAGUUAUCUGCGAUGUAAAUAAUUAAAUUGAAUGAAAUUGACAGAUUUGUGA